AAUUUUAACAGAAGUGCAUAGUGAUACACUGCAUUAGUAAUACGGUACGCGGUGUUUGCUAUACAAUUAUCACAUAUCAGGACAGGAAGAACAAAAGAAAACAAAACAAAUAAGAAGAACAAAAGAAAACAAAACAAAUAACAUAUCAAAAUCGAAAAAGAAAAAAAAACACUAAUCAAAUAACAAGUUUCUCAGAAAAUCAUUUCCACAUUCAAAUAAAAAAUUUGACUAGGACCAUUUAUGCAACACAAUUCAACCCCACUCACUAGUUGAAGAGACAAAUUUAACAUACGAGGAAGUCGAUAAUAAAACAUAACAGAAGAAUAAAAAAACAAAUAAAAUAACAAAAUCCAUUAAUUAAAAUACGUAAAAAAAAUCCAAAAAAUACUUAUCCUUCCUCUUAAUUCCAACAUUGACACGUUCACCCUCUCUCUCAUCCCUCCUAUAAAACCCCCCGCACCCUCCUCAUUACCUGCCAAACAAACAAAAAAUCACACUCUUUCAACCUCCACUCUUCUCCUUUUCUCUGACCCCACUAGACACUUCCUCAACCCGACCCGACCCGAAUGGAUAGAGGAGUAGCCGUCGGUGAACCGUGGAGACCCGACCCGUCAAUUCAACCCGACUUGUUAUACAAACCACCAGAAACUCCGAAAGAACCCAUGGAAUUUCUAUCACGUUCUUGGAGUGUUUCGGCUCUUGAGAUUUCUAAGGCCUUAACUCCGGCUUCUAAAGGCAUGCUUUCUAAGGCUAUGUUUGGUGGGUUUUCUGGUGGUGGUGUCUCUGUUGGCGGCAGCGAUACUCCCAUUUUGGAAGAUGUUGUUGCCGAAGAAGCGGCCGCCGCGGCUUCCGGUGGUAAUGGCAAUGCCUUCUCUUUUGCUUGUUCUGAAACUUCUCAGCUCAUCUUGGAGCGCAUUAUGUCACAAUCGCAAGAGGUAUCUCCCCGCACUUCUGGUCGGCUCUCGCAUAGUAGUGGCCCACUCAAUGGCUCCUUGACUGAUAGUCCUCCGGUUUCUCCUUCUGAAAUGGACGAUGUCAAGUACUGUCGCCUCAACAAUCACGCAAAUACGCAGUACAGAUCUAACAACCCUGUUGGAGUUACCCCUGCUGCUGGUGGGAAAACUGUUGGGAGGUGGCUUAAGGACAGGAGAGAGAAAAAGAAGGAAGAAACGAGAGCACAGAAUGCGCAACUACAUGCUGCUGUCUCUGUGGCAGGUGUUGCUGCAGCGAUUGCUGCAAUCGCUGCUGCAACUGCUGCAUCGUCAGGAACUGGCAAGGAUCAAGAGGCUGCAAGAACUGAUAUGGCUGUUGCAUCUGCUGCCACCCUCGUGGCAGCUCAAUGUGUAGAGGCUGCUGAAGCUAUGGGUGCUGAGAGGGAUCAUUUGGCUUCGGUUGUUAGCUCUGCAGUCAAUGUUCGAUCUUCUGGUGACAUCAUGACUUUGACUGCUGCGGCUGCUACUGCAUUGCGCGGGGCAGCUACACUGAAAGCGAGGGCAUUAAAGGAUGUGUGGAACAUUGCAGCUGUGCUUCCAACUGAGAAAGGGGUGACUGUUAGCAAUGGCAGCAACGGUUCUAGCGGGAGUCAUAGUGGUGAAAUCAUGCCAGAAGAUAAUUUCCUUGGGAUCUGCAGCAGGGAGUUGCUUGCUAGAGGCUGCGAGCUUUUGAAACGUACUCGUAAAGGUGAUCUUCACUGGAAAAUUGUGUCUGUUUACAUCAAUAGAAUGAACCAGGUUACACUAAAGAUGAAGAGCAGGCACGUUGCUGGGACCAUAACAAAGAAGAAAAAGAAUGUGGUGAUUGAAGUCAUCAAAGAUAUGCCGGCUUGGCCAGGCCGUCAUUUGCUUGAGGGUGGUGACUGCAGGAGAUAUUUCGGACUUAAGACCAUCUUACGUGGUGUUGUAGAAUUUGAGUGUCGUAACCAACGUGAAUAUGAAGUUUGGACAGAAGGUGUCUCGAGGCUUCUCUCUCUCGCUGCUGAAAAGAACACCAAUCGACAUAGGUUCUAGGGUAGUAGUAUAGUAGUAUAUCUCGUUGUGAUGAACGUCGUUAUGGUUAAAGCCGUAAUGGUUGUGCCGUUGUAGAAUGUGAUGUUUUUUGCAAGGUGAUGACUUUUGGGGGAGAUGGGUAUAGGGUAAAAGGGAGAAAAAAUUAGGACAUUGGUACAAACCAUAUGUUUAAAAAAAAUGGUGGGGGGUUGGUUUUUGGCUUUCUUUUGAAAGUGUUUGUUAUCCAAUGUAAAAAGUAGCAAUUAAAGAAACAAAAGCAUUGUGUAAUUGGUUCUUCUUUACUCUUUUCUUACAGUGGAUAAAAUUUUGUAGUGUGAUA